UGAUUUCCGUCAACGCAGAGCUACCCACAGUUUUGUCAUUUCCCACUCCACCUCUUCUUAUGAAAAUGAAAAACUGAGAAGAAGCAAUUCCGAUCCAAAACCCUAACCCUAAUCACCGAUUCGCUCUCGUCCGUAAAAAUGGCUUCUCUGGCAUUCUCUGCAACUCUCUUUGCAACAAACAAGUUUCGGCGUCGUCUCCCCAGUAGAAACGCUGUCGUGAGGUGUAAUUUGACUGAGCCAUUGAAGUUUAAGGACAAUGGGAAGCCAUCCAUUCCGGUCCUUGACAGUGAACAAGCAACAUUUCCCAGUUUUUUGGCUUCUAAUUAUCUAGAAGCAAAUGCAUUUUACAAAAAUGAUACUAGGCUUCGAAUAUUCUCUGGAACAGCUAAUCCUGCACUUUCUCAGGAAAUUGCAUGCUACAUGGGUCUGGAGCUUGGAAAGAUUAAGAUAAAACGCUUUGCCGAUGGCGAGAUAUAUGUCCAAUUACAAGAGAGUGUUAGAGGGUGUGAUGUAUAUCUUGUGCAACCAACUUGUCCUCCUGCAAAUGAGAAUCUUAUGGAGCUUCUGAUCAUGAUAGAUGCUUGUCGGCGGGCAUCAGCCAAGAAUAUUACUGCAGUGAUACCAUAUUUUGGAUAUGCCAGGGCUGAUCGAAAGACCCAGGGGCGUGAAUCCAUUGCAGCCAAACUGGUGGCAAAUCUGAUCACUGAAGCAGGUGCUGACCGCGUUCUUGCUUGUGAUCUACAUUCUGGGCAAUCCAUGGGUUAUUUUGAUAUUCCGGUGGACCAUGUUCAUGGACAGCCUGUGAUACUUGAUUACCUUGCUAGCAAGACCAUCUGUUAUGAUGAUUUGGUAGUGGUCUCACCUGAUGUUGGCGGAGUUGCCAGAGCACGUGCUUUUGCCAAAAAAUUAUCCGAUGCCCCUCUAGCCAUUGUGGAUAAAAGGCGUCAUGGACACAAUGUUGCAGAGGUGAUGAAUUUGAUUGGGGAUGUCAGGGGAAAAGUAGCAGUUAUGGUGGAUGACAUGAUUGAUACUGCUGGUACUAUUUCCAAAGGAGCAGCUCUAUUACAUCAAGAGGGAGCCAGAGAAGUGUAUGCAUGCAGUACACAUGCUGUCUUUAGUCCUCCUGCAAUAGAAAGGUUGUCAAGUGGCCUGUUUCAAGAGGUGAUCAUAACAAAUACCAUUCCAGUGUUGGAGCAGAACUAUUUUCCCCAGCUGACAGUCUUGUCUGUGGCUAACCUCCUGGGCGAGACCAUUUGGCGUGUUCAUGAUGAUUGCUCUGGUGGCUUCGAAUCAUUUUCCAGCUUGGGCAUUGAUUGAUGAAUUCUCAUACGGCAUUGAUUGAACUGUAUUGCAGUGAAAAAUUUUACCCGGUGAACCCCAGCUUGUUGUUUCCUUGUCUAUACCAAUAUGUUGACAAAACUUCACUCUUGGGUCUAGCCCAGUAUUCAUAGUGCGUAGGUCUGAUGAUGCAAAGUAUUGUAUAUUGGCAUUGAGGAAUUUUAUCGGAGGGAUUUGCUUUUCCAUCCAGUAUAAAUACACAAGUUUGUUUUAUAGUUUUCACAUUUUUGUUUACUGGUGUAAUAAUUUUGAGGUUGUUUGUUUCAUUCCUAACUUUCAAGUUUGAUCUGUUACCAAA